CCGCGCAGCCUCUUCCCGUGGUGCCUCGCGGCCACUGCCGCGCGUUCCCCGAGGGCCCGCGGAGUUGCCGGCGCUUCCCGAAGUUUUCCCGGAGCCGCGGGAUGGCGGGCGCCGCCCACUGCUCCCUGCAGGCCAAGCGCCUGCUGCUGGACCCCAAGUUCGAGGGAUACAAGCUGUCGCUGGAGCCGCUGGCCUGCUACCAGCUGGGUCUGGACGCGGCUGUAGCAGAAGUGCAGCUUCGUGAUGAUCAAUAUACCCUUGACCACAUGCGUGCUUUUGGCAUGUAUAAUUAUCUUCACCUUGAUUCCUGGUACCAGGAUAAUGUCUACUAUGUUGAUCAGUUUGGAAGGGUCAUGAAUCUGUCAGUGACUCUGGACACUGCUCUACAAAAACCAAGAGAAGUUUUCAGGCUACCUGCAGACUUGACUGCGUGUGAUAAUCGCCUUUGUGCCUCAAUGCAUUUCUCAUCCUCCACGUGGGUUACCCUUUCUGAUGGUACAGGAAGACUAUAUUUAAUUAAAUCAGGCAAACGUGGAAGCAGUGCAUCUGAAAAGUGGGAGAUUGUGUUUAAUGAAGAACUAGGAAGUCCAUUUAUUGUAGCACACAGUGUUUCAUUUGUAAAAUCUGAUGCACAUUCACUAGCUGUGCUGCUGCUUAGGGUAGAAAAAGAUGAACUGGACACAAAAGGAAGUGGAUUUCAUGUUACUUUGGAAUGGGUUACAGUUGCAGAAGGAAGAGAGGGUGAUCAUAGAUACGAAAUCAUUAAAAGGAGAGUUUUGCAAGGAAAAUCAGUCCCCCAUUAUGCAGCAAUAGAGCCAAGUGGGGAUGGUCUAAUGGUUGUUUCCCACAAACCAUUCACAUUUAUGCAAAGUGAAAGUGACAAAUUAGAAGAAAAUGAUGAUGCAAAAGUAUCAAAUGAAAAGAAAGACCCUCUCUACUACUGGCAGCAGACAGAAGAUGAUGUGACCAUAACAGUUCACCUGCCUCAAGAUGUCACAAGAGAUGACAUAAAAAUACGUUUUUCCCCUGAUAAUAUAUGUGUUACACUAAAAGACCAGCCUCCAUUGAUGGAAGGAAAGCUCUAUUCAUCUGUGGACCACGAAAGCUGCACAUGGAUAAUUAGAGAGGACAAAAGUUUGGAAAUCUCUCUGAUUAAGAAAAAUGAGGGGUGCCGGUGGACAGAGCUAAUUGUUGGCGACACAAGAGGGGAAUUCAUUAUGGACCCUUCCCAAUGCUCUGAAAUAGCUGAAAGCCUGAUGCAUCUUACUUCUGAAGUAAUGAAUCCAAACCCUGAAAAGGAAAAUCCACCAUGUAAUGCUCAAGAGUUAGAAGAAUGUGAUGCUUUUCUUGAAGAUGGUGCAAGCUUGUGCAGAUUUGAUGGUGAUACCUUGAAAAUCACUCAUAUAAUUAAUCUUGGAAGCAACCAGUAUCUUUUCUCAGUUGUUGUGAAUCCCAAAGAAAUGCCAUGCUUCUGCCUGAGGCAUGAUGUUGAUGCUCUUCUCUGGCAGCCUCACUCUGACCAACCAGAGAAUAUGUGGGAACACAUUGCAACUUUUAAUGCUUUAGGUUAUGUCCAAGCAUCAAAGCAAGACAAGAAGUUCAUGGCUUGUGCUCCAGAUUACUCCUACGCUGCUCUUUGUGAAUGCUUGCGAAGAGUUUUCAUCUAUCGCCAGCCGACUCCUCUGGCCACAGUUCUCUACAACAGGAAGGAAGGAAGACAAGUAGGACAGGUUGCUAAGCAGCUGGUAGCAACCCUGGAAGCCAAUGAUCCUAUCUUAGGCUUUCAAGCUACGAGUGAGAGAUUAUUUGUUCUCACAACAAAAACCUUGUUUUUAAUAAAGGUGAACUCUGGAAAUUAAUUAUUCAGUGUGCUCUGCUGUAGUUUGUGUUAACAAUUUGUUAUAGAAGUGAAUAGGCUGACAAUCUGACAAGUUCAGUACAAUUUGCUGAAAAUCAAAAAGGGGAUGUUUUACAGGAGAAUCAAAUUUCUUCGUUAGAAUUCUUCUGUAAAAAAGUGAGUUUUUUGACUUUGCUGCCAUGGAAGUAAACUUUUUCAGAGCUAUGGGAAAAUGUCUUCUGCAUUAACAUCUUUGUCAAAAUAAUUGUCAGAUGCUGCUAUUGCAUAGGUGAAUAGAUUUAUGCAUUGCUUUUUCCAAGUGACUUUAUUUGUUAUACUUCUGAGUUUUUUGAAUUCACUGCUGUUUUUAAAUGCCACUGUUUACCUAUGAAAAAAGUAGUCAGAUAAAGAGUUACAAGCAUAUGAUAUGCCAAGUAGAUUGUAUCAUGAAGAAAAAAAUCUCCAGAUCAAAUAUGGUUGACCAAAAAACUGAUUUCACGUUUUGAUAUUCAGUAGUUUUGAGUGACAUGUGAAUGAAAUUAACAAGGUAUUAUGUUUCUUAUACAGGUAAUAAAAUGGAGCAAUUUUACUGUA